GUUACCUCGCCCUCUGUGACAACUCCGGAGGCGCCCCGCAGAUCCCCAGAAGUCUGCUCUAGCGCUUCCUGGGCUUAAACAGCUGCUGCCUGGGAGCCCUGGAGGAACCAGAUAGGGAAACAUAACACUUACGUUACAGGGCGGUCCCAAGAUGGGCCAGAGCAGAAGCGGAGCCUAAAGUGGGCUGAUAAACAAAGGGCUACCUAUGUGUGGGUAACUUGCCUGUGUAGAGACGAAUGCUACUCUAGAUGCGCGUUUCUUUUCGAUUCGUCGAAGCGUCAGUAAUACAAAUAAAACUGAUGAUCGUGAGUUCCUUUUGUGAGGAGAAGCAAGUCCUCAUCAGGCACUGGCUCUCAUUCUUCAACAUCCCCAGAAGACGCAGUUUUCUCCAGAGACAAUUCCAUCCUGGAAGACCCUCAUCUAAAAGGCCCUGUGAAGCUAGACAAUGCCUGUUGACUUGGGGCAGGCCCUGGGCCUGCUGCCUUCUCUGGCCAAGGCCAAAGCUGAAGAUGCCACAUUCUCUGGAUCAGAUGAUACCCAGCAAAGAGAACUCACUAACCCUGAGACUGCUCGCCAGCUUUUUAGGCAGUUUCGUUACCAGGUGAUGUCUGGGCCCCAGGAGACCCUGAGACAACUUCGAAAGCUCUGUUUCCAGUGGCUGCGGCCAGAGGUUCACACCAAAGAGCAGAUCCUGGAGAUCCUUAUGCUGGAGCAGUUUCUGACUAUCCUUCCUGGGGAGAUCCAGACGUGGGUGAGAAAACAGUGUCCAGGCAGUGGAGAAGAGGCAGUGACCCUUGUGGAAAGCUUGAAGGGAGAUCCUCGGAGACUGUGGCAGUGGAUUGGCAUCCAGGUUCUAGGACAAGAUAUCCCGUUCGAGAAGGCGAACUCAGCACACUGCCAAGGCAGUGAGGUGGAGCCCAGACUGGAAGUGGUGCCUCAGGAACUGCCCCUUCAGAAUUCACCCUCAGCUCCUGCAGAGCUGCUGAGCCAUGGCGUGAAAGAGGAAUCAGACAUGGAGCCAGAGUUAGCUCUGGCUGCUUCUCAGCUUCCUGCUAGACCAGAGGAGAGGCCUAUCAGAGACCAGGACAUGGGAACAGCGUUUCUCCCAGCAGUACAUCAGGAGCAGUGGAGGCACCUGGAUUCUACUCAGAAGGAACAGUACUGGGAUUUUAUGCUGGAGACUUAUGGGAAAAUGGUCUCAGGAGCAGGUAUUUCUAACUCCAAACCUGACCUGACUAACAUAACAGAAUAUGGGGAAGAGCUGGCAGGGCUGCAGCUUCACAUCAGUGAGAAGAUACCAAGACUCACCUGCAAAGAAGACAGGCAAGAAAAUGACAAAGAGAACCUAAACUUGGAAAAUCACAGGGACCAGGGAUCUCUGGACGUUUUCUGUCAGGCAUCAGGUGAGGCACCGCCACAGACUGACUUGGAUUUCCUGGGUGAGAGUGAGCUGCAUCGCUUUGGAGGAGAGAGUGUCCCUGAGGCUCUAGAAAGCCUUCAGGGUGAGGGAACAGGAGGGCAGCUCUUGCCUCCUGAAAGGGGCUCUGGGAGACAGCUAGGUCAGCACAUACAGAGUUCUUCUUCAGGAGAGUUGUCGUCAGCCUUGUGGCUGGAAGAGAAAAGAGAGGCCUCUCAGAAGGGACAGGCCAGAGCUCCCAUGGCCCAGAAACUGCCUACCUGCAGAGACUGUGGGAAAACCUUCUACAGGAAUUCACAGCUUGUUUUUCACCAGAGGACUCAUACUGGAGAGACAUACUUUCAUUGCCCCAUUUGCAAAAAAGCCUUUCUGCGAAGCUCGGACUUUGUGAAACAUCAGAGAACUCACACAGGAGAGAAGCCCUGUAAAUGUGAUUACUGUGGGAAAGGCUUUAGUGACUUAUCAGGCCUGCGCUACCACGAGAAAAUCCACACUGGAGAGAAACCCUAUAAAUGCCCCAUCUGCGAAAAACGAUUUAUUCAGAGAUCAAACUUUAAUAGACAUCAAAGGGUUCACACAGGUGAGAAACCUUAUAAGUGUUCCCACUGUGGCAAGCGGUUCAGCUGGAGCUCCAGCCUUGACAAACAUCAGAGGUCACACUUGGGUAAGAAGCCCUGCCCAUAGCCACACCCCCAGCCAGCCUGCCAGUCCAUUGCAGCCCUGCUCAGCUCUGCCUGGAGGGACUGCCACCAAAAAGGACCUCUCUCUCUAAAGAAGGUUGCAGGGGAGAGGAGCUGGGCACUGUUUUGACAUGGAGCAAUAUUGUUCUGAGUUGGAUUGAUUUAGUUUUCCCUUUUGCACCAGGAAAAGAAACCAGUCUUUUUUUUUUUUUUCAGCUGGUCUCUUACUUCAGACCCCUUGGGAAAGGCAUGUCAUGUAGAUAAUGGCUUUAGUAGCUCUCUCUGACAGGACCCUAACUGGUACAGCCACAAUGCUGCUGGCAGUGAGAGCCUCUGAUCAGCUUUAGAACUAUGGUUCUAGAGUAGGCUGAUUAUUGCAGAAGGGGAGGUCAGGAGGCCUGAGUGCAUGCUUUGUCCGACAGGUGACAAAGUUCUCCUUUAACUGUCCCUUAUUUGAAAUAAACUGAACUAAUCUGG